CAGUUAGGGCUACCCAGAGACCCUGUCUCAAAAAACAAAAGUGUGACCACCACUGCCCAGGUUUUUUAUUUAUUCUUAUUUUAUGUGCACUGGUGUUUUGCCUGCAUGUAUAUCUGUGUGAUGUCAGAUCCCCUGGAACUGGAGACUUGACAGUUGUGAGGCAGUGGCUCUGGAGGAUAAGUGGAGGGUAUCUAGGGUUGGUAGGGAGAGGCAGAGACUGCCAGGUGGGUGACAAGAGGGACUCAAGUCCUCUAGGCCCCUAGUGGUAGGCACUCAACCCUUUCCAGCUGCUCUCAUCUUCCAUUGUCUCUGAAGUAACCAGUAUAUAAGAACCGGUCAAGAUUUGGCCAAGGAAGGAGGUAAGUUUCAUGGCUUAGUUACACAGGUCGCAGCUUUAGCUGCACAAAAGCCUGAGGCAGGAAUAUACCAAGUUUAAAGCCAACCUUUGCAAGUUAGCAAAACCCUGUCACAAAGCACCCCCACCAAAACAAAACAAAAAAACCUAAAAGCUAAAAGGACCCAGAUGUGAAAUACUUGAUUCAGAUGACAGCAAGGUAUAGCCCCACAGGGAAAUUCAAAAAUCAAGCUGUUAGGCACACCCUGGAAAUUACAGCAGGGUGGGGGAGGAGGCAGGUGAGGUUAAGGUGGCACUUUAGGAAGGAGCUGCCUACCUCCUUUGUUCCCUUGGCUAGGGGAGAAAAGGAGCCCCAGGUGGCAGUUCCAGCCCCUCAGUUCUGUUUCAGUACAAAGGACUUCAUUUUUUCCUCCUACCUGUUCUGCUUUACCCCUCCCCCAGCACAGUCCUCCUGUGAUUAAUCCUCUUAGAUUUUGUGCUUGAAGAAUAACCAGGAAGCUGAAAAGUUUCCAGGUGUGUAUGCUCAACAGGGACACGGUUUAGGGCAGUGUUGGGAAAUUCCACUUCACUGCUUCCGGCUGCUCAGAGCCCCUUCAAGCACCCUGCAGGAGGCCACAAUUAUGGCAGGUCCAAGACACCCAGUAUCAGCACAUGCUGUAGCCCUGGUACAGAUGGAGCGACUUCAGACAUUUGCCUUCUCUGUGCGGUGGUCAGACAACAGUGACUCGUCUGUUCGCAGGAGCUGGGAUGAGUUUAGGCAGCUCCAGAAGAUCCUUAAGAAAACCUUCCCAGUGGAGGCGGGCCUGCUCCGAAGAUCUGAGAGAGUUCUUCCCAAGCUUCCUGAUGUUCCACUGCUGACGCGUCGGGGACAUACUGGCCGAGGCCUGGUGCGCUUGCAGCUGCUGGACACCUAUGUACAGGCACUGCUGGCAGCCUCAGAGCAUGUAUUAAGGAGCUCAGCACUCAAUGACUUCUUUGCACCCAGUCCUCUGGAUCUGAAGCCCAUGCUGCCUCCUGGCAGCCUGGUAAUCUUGCCCACACCAGAGGAGCCCUUAUCCCAACCUGCAAGCAGCCUUGCCAUUCAUAACCUGGAGGCUCAAAGCAUGCGCUGUCUACAGCCUUUCCACACCCAUGACACAAGAGACAGGCCUUUCCACACACAGGCUCAAGAAAUUCUGGACGUAUUACUACGACAUCCUUCAGGCUGGUGGCUGGUGGAGAACAAGGAUCAACAAACAGCCUGGUUUCCAGCUCCCUACCUGGAAGAAGUAGCCCAAGGCCAGGGCCAGGAGUCAGGCCUAGCUUUCCAAGGCAGUGGGACAAAGUUCUGUGCUACCCAGACCUAUGAGGGCAGUGGCACUGAUGAGCUAUCAGUGCCUGCAGGGGCACAUGUGUAUGUGCUGGAAACCUCAGACCGUGGCUGGUGGCUGUGCAGGUACAAUGGACGGGUAGGCCUGUUUCCUGCAGUGCUACUGCAACCUGAAGGGCUGGGCUGCCUCCUGAGCAGGUCAGGGCUCCCAGACAGUGGGAGGGAAGACAAGGUGACCAAGGAUAGGAUUGUUCCCCCUGUAGUACCAACUCGCCCCUGUACGAGUGCCAUCCAGAGCCGAUGCUGCUCCAUCACCCGCAGGGCACUGGGGCAGGACCAAAGGACCCAGGGUCCCUUUUGAUGAUGUGUGUAGCCCUGCAGAGAGGUUGUACUGUCAACCCCAACCCCAGCCAAAUGCAGGGAUCCAGAUCUGUCAAGGGAAAAGGAUAGGGUGGGGCUCGAUGGCUGGCAGGGCCAAGGAGCAACAACUUCCCAUUUCCUUUAAAUAAAACUGGAAUG